GGAAGCAGGAGGCAGCUACGCAACUGAAGCUCUCCAAAUCAACAUCUCUCAUCUGCUACUUUCGCCGUGCGCACCACCCAGUUUGGCGCCGCAUAUAUUUUGCUUUUCUUUGCACAACGUAAUCUGAUUGGAUCGAUUAAGUCUUCAAUAUGGCGGCCCAGGUCAUCUCCAACUCCGGCCAUGAUGACAUGAUUCACGAUGCCGUCAUGGACUACUACGGUAGAAAGCUAGCCACUUGCUCUAGCGACCGUACAAUCAAGAUCUUCGAAAUUGAGGGCGAGUCGCAGCGUCUGAUUGAGACUCUCAAAGGACACGACGGCGCAGUCUGGAGCGUCUCCUGGGCUCAUCCUAAGUACGGUAACAUCCUCGCAUCGGCCGGAUACGACGGCAAGGUCUUCAUCUGGAAGGAACAGGGAGCCCAAAACAGCCAAUGGCAGCGCAUCUACGACUUCCCGUUGCACAAGGCUUCAGUAAAUGUUGUAGCCUGGGCUCCUCAUGAGGCUGGAUGCCUUCUUGCCUGCGCAUCUUCCGACGGCAAUGUUAGCGUUCUUGAAUUCAAGGAUGCUAGUGUCGACCACACCACCUUCCCAGCUCAUGGUCUCGGUGUGAACUCUGUCUCCUGGGCACCCGCAACCGCCCCGGGUAGCAUCGUCAGCAGCUCUCCCAGCCCCAGUUCCGUUGGAAACCGCCGCUUUGUCACUGGCGGCAGCGAUAACGUGCUCAAGAUUUGGACAUUUGACGCCGCCUCGCAGUCCUACAAGCAGGAAGGUGAGGCUCUGACCGGCCACUCAGACUGGGUUCGUGACGUUGCAUGGUCACCUACGGUCCUUAAGAAGUCAUACAUUGCUUCCGCCUCACAAGACAAAACCGUUCGCAUCUGGACUAGCGACUCGACAGCUGGCAGCCCGAGCAAGUGGGACUUUAAGGUUCUUGAAUUCGAAACACCCGUCUGGCGCGUAAGCUGGUCGCUGAGUGGCAACGUUCUUGCCGUUAGUGGCGCCGACAACAAGGUAUCACUGUGGAAGGAGAAUCUCCGUGGCGAAUGGGAGAAUGUCAAGACCAUUGCUGAGUAAGAGUUGGAUGAAACAAACGGUUCGCGAGUUUAAAAAUAAAAGACGAAAAUGGCGAGGGUUGAUUAGAUGCUGCUCUUAGAGGGCGUUUAGCAAUCAUGCACUAGUCAUAAUGAAGUAAAUAAAAACAUUUGAAAGCAAGCCGAUAUUCGACAUGAUAAAAAUGGCUCUAUAUGUCUAAUCGUGGCCCCAAAUUGAAAACUAUGGACAAUAAAAAUGGAUUUAUACAAGAAUAAAUGACGCUAGAAUGACCGCCAACGAGACAGUAACCCAACCGGGAUGUAACAUCGUACCAGUACUGCCCUUACCAUCACUGGCGUUGGGGUCUUUUUGCAUGACGAAAAUCUCACCGCUAUCAGAGGAGAACCAAAGACGACCUUUGGCAUCGAGGGCCAGGCCUACAGGACGCAGGCAGUUGGCUGGCUUGGUGCAUUUUGACAAGUCGGCAGCGGUAAUCACAUCUUUG